CAGAGGGAAGAGUGGAAGAGUGGUUCGCCGGUGUUACCUGGUGUUACGUUCCACAGAAUUACUAGCCGGUCAGUCAGUAUACUGUCUCCUUCCUGCCCUUGAACACUCGGCUGGACGGAGUUCCUUGCGCUUGCCUACGUCCCAUAGUGUCAACUGACAGAUUAAAGAGUACAACACAGCCGCCAUGUCGAGUCCGUCGCUGAAGGAUCUGCCAAAAGUAGCCUUAGACCUGAAAAGCGAACUGGAGGGUUUCAAUCAUGGCUGCAUGAAGAAGGCUGCAACCGCCGAAAAGAACGUUUUGCCCUCCGCCGAAGAUGUACGACAAGAACGACAGCAUUCAGAAUUAAUCCACGGUGUGGAGUCAUUUAAGGCAGAUCAAUUGAAACACGCCGAUACGAAAGAGAAGAUUAUUUUACCCAACGCCAAAGAUGUAGCCGCGGAAAAGACUCAACAAACCCUGAUCGCCGGCAUCGAGAAAUUUGACCCCGCCAGUCUAAAACACACCGAGACCCAAGAAAAAAAUCCCCUACCUGACAAGGAUGUGAUCCAGCAGGAGAAAGGUAAACAGCAACUAAUCUCUGGAAUUGAAAAUUUCGAUCCGGCGAAAUUGAAACACGCGGAAACGCUCGAGAAAAAUCCCUUGCCAACCAAAGAAGCGAUCGACGCCGAAAAGAUAGCUGCUUAAAUCAAGCUUUUUGUGAUUCAAAGAAAAAAAAACCGAAAAGAAAGGGAGCAGCGACUCAUUUCUUCCAUUUUCUAUAUCAUGACAUUUUAUAACAAUUACUCAUACAUUGCCGACAGGAAAAAGAAGAAUGCGAAACACUGUGUUAAUGUAAUCUUAUGAUUAUACUUAUCCUACCGCCAAGAGCGUUCCUUUCGGCGAGACGUACAAGUCGAUUUUUUACACGGACCUAUUUGUAUUAACAACGGAAGGACGAUGAGGGUUCGGGCCCGGAAGUUUUGGCUUGUAUCAGCGAUCUUGGGCUUGUAUCAGCAUCCGUCUUUAUACACUAACUCGCCAAAGGAUGUACUUUUUAUACUAAGAAAAGCUCUGCACGCCAGACGAACGUUAUUUUCGAUAGCAACAAAAUUGGGUAGCAUUGCAUGCGUUACAGAUAUAUCGCAAUGGUACAGCGGUUGAUCUUAUAUUUGUGUAAAAAUCAUAUUUUAUAUAACGGGCUAUUGUACUUUUUUAAUAUUUCGUA